UUUAGAGAAGACUUUGUCAAGGUCAGCUAAUGGUUUCAGCAGGAAUGGGUACCAUUAGCUAAACGAUGCAGAUUGCAGACUGCAAGUUACUUCUCGGCUGUCCACUUGCCUUUGGCAUGACUCCACAACUGCAGCUUCCCCUCCUGCAAAAACCAGAACCAUGACUGAAAGGACCUGGACGCCAAUAGGGCCUGUGAAUUGGCUGGAUAACAAAAGAGCGAAAGCUUUACGAGUAUCCAACGAUAGGGAGAUAUUUCAGCUGAAGAAGAUUAGACGAUCGCUGGAUUCCAUGAAGAUGAUGAAUGAAAGCCUCUUGCUGCAAGAGGAAAGGAAAGUGAAAAGGUGGCUUAGGAAUCAAGCAUCUCUCUCCCCUACCUGUUCCUAUAAAGCAGUGUAUUAUAAGACUCCCAAUUAUCCCGGGUCCAGCCAAGAUCAAACUAUAACCGACACCCACCCCAUCUCUGGGAAAGAAUCAGUGGACAUCCCUUGGAGCCAGUUUGGGGACCAUCUGUCCAACUUUGUGAGCUUCCUACGACUACCAACCAAAAGACCUAUCUAUGACCGGAAAAAUGCCAACAAUCUUACACCCUUCAGUGGAAUGGAUUUGCCUACUCAGACUCUUUCAGCCCGAAAUGCGAACGCUCCACGAAACAGCAUCCACAGCUCAGCCUCGCCCAACAAGGAGAUUCGGAAGACCAGCACCCGGAAGCCAUCCGAUUUAGAAAACACCAUCUCCCUCCAAGAGGCGAUGGCCUUGUUCCCUUCCUUGCAACGCCUGCUUACCAAGAAGGAGAAGCUCUCUAUUUCAUCUCUCUACUAUCAGAGUCCCACCACCGGGUUCAAUACCUUGCAGAAGAAGCUCAAAAGCAUGUUGGACAAAGAUAGAGAAGACGAGAACUUCAAAAUCCCACAGCCGUUGCCCGAGAUUAAACCUGAAGAAAUUUUGAGCUGCAGGUAUCUUCGUUUGUCUCAGAGCAAUAUUCAUACACUACUGGAGCUGUGUAAGGAAUCUGGGAUUUACAUAGAUUUGCACCCCCAUAUGAAAGAAUCGGAAAUUGAUGCGAGCUCCAUACUCUCGCCGAACACCCACCGGCCUCUGUAGACUGUAUUUCUGCUCCAGACUUGGUUGCUUUUAGAUUGUGUGUUGUGUAGAAAAUGAGACUUUUCGGCCUGGAAACAAACAAAUCAAUUUCUCAAUUGAAAUGAAAAACCAAAAAACUACAGACUUUUUGGGAAAGGAUGAAUGAUGCGAUGGUUUAAAAAACAAAGCCAACACUUAUUGUCAGUAAAAUUGUAAGCAAGUGAAA